AUGGGAUAUACUAUAAAGCAAAAGAUUGAUAUCUGCCUAAAAGCAGAGUCUAAUCCUCAAAUGACACAAGCUGAUUUAGCAAUAUGGGCUAAGCAACAAUAUGGUUCUUCGAAACCACCUUCCCAAACCACAAUUUCCAGAAUAUUGUGUGCUAAGAAUGAUUUGAUCGCCUCAAAGGAAGUCGAUUUUCAAUUAGUUCGUAGAAGAAAGCAGUCAAAUCCUAUACUUCGGAGGAUAUUAACAGAAUGGGUUACACAAGCUGCAUGGGAGAAUAUUCCUAUAACCACGCCGAUUAUUCAACUGACUGCAAAUGCUAUUUGGAACAGAUUACCCACAUUUGAAAAGGAUGGAAAUGGUUUGUUCAAUCAAAAAUGGUGCAAUCAUUUCAUUAGAAAGUUGAAUAUUAACUUAACAGGUAGCGAAGAAGAUAUUCGUAGUAACCCAGGAAAUCAUGAAUUAAAUAAAGUGUGGAAGCUAGAUGAGAAGAUGGGGUUGAAAAAUUAUUUGGUAGACUUGAUCAAGCAUGAGAACUACAUGCCACAGGAUAUUUUUACUAUUGACGAGUUCCAAUUAUUUUAUUCCUUGCCAUUGGAUCAAAUAUUUGAUGUUUCCUCAAUAGACAAAGGUUUAAAACAAUCAAGUAGUUCUACAGAAAAUUCUUUAACUAUAAUGAUAGGUACAAAUAUUGAUGGAUCUGAAAAAUUAAGUCCAUUAGUAGUAGGAAAAUACGAUAUGUUUAACGUUAGUACAAGUUCCCAUCCGGCUUUUAAAAAUUUAUCUGUCUAUUCAAGUUCAAGACAGAAUAUCAUGAAUAAAAUAACAGAAAUAUUCAAUGUUUUCUACAACUCUAAUAUUAACAAAUGGAUAACAUCUGAAAUGUUUCAGAAUUAUUUACUAACCUUAGAUCAUAAGUUGACGAGUACUUCACCUAACAGAAAGAUUCUUAUUCUAUUAGACGAUUCUUCUUCGCAUAGAAUUAUUAAUUUGAAGUUCCGCAAUAUUAAAUUAUGCUACAUGAAGAAUAAUGCAAACUGUAAAAACCCAUAUAAUUCGUCAUACAAUGGUUCAUCUUUCAAUUUCCUUCCAACUAGUUUUGGAAUUGUCGAAGAGUUUAAAAUUCUUUAUAGAUUACAACAAUAUUUGGAAAUGAUUAGAUUACAAAGAAAAAACUCUAAAUCCAAUGAAGAUGAAGUAAACGAUAAUACAAAUAUAUCAUCAGGAGUUAAUUUAAAUAAUUAUAAACCAAACGUGAAUCCAUCUGCAGCAAUGGAAGUAUUAUCAGAAUCUGAUUAUCAUGUUCCGUUAAUAAAAGUUAUAGAGUGGAUAAAAAGAGCAUGGGACUCUAUAACACAAGAAAGAACACAUAUGGCUUGGAGAAAAUCACAUUUAAUCAAUUUUAAAAAUCCAUGGCCAUCCCUUGAUCCAGUUACCACGAAACAAGCAUCUUUGUCCUUACAACCAUUGACUUUGGCCACUAUUAAUUACGAUUCAUCCAAAAGUUAUGAUAAAUUAUCUGAGAUAAUGGCAACGCUUAAUGUCGUAAUUCCUUGGGAAAUAAAUGAAUUGCUAGGUCUAGUAAAUGAAAGAGGAAAAAUAACUCUCAGUUAUGUUUCAAUUGAAGAGAUUGUAGGUAGUUGUUUACUGGAAGCUUAUGACUCUGAUGAAUCGGGCAAGGAAAAAACAAAGUCUAACGUAAUUUUUAACACUGAUGACAGUGGUGAAAAUUGGUUCAAAGAGUCAAAUAUUAGUAACAAGCACAUUACUACAACCAAUAUAAUGGGAAAACAAUUUUCUACCCCGAUUGUCAGCUCUACAAAUAAUAAUAAUAAUGACAAUAUCAUAACUAGUAACACAAAUAUGUUCUCCGGUACUGAGAUGCAAUUUCCUGAGUAUAACAACACUAAUUUGAGCUCAAUGAAUAUUAAUACAUUAUUGGCAGAUACAAGCAAUGUGAUUUCAGAGGUUCAAAUGAAUAACAACAAUUCAACAACGAGUCAAACAAAUAUGCAGCCACAAUUUUCACUUGCAUCACAGGGAACAGUAUCAAACAGAACGAAAGAGUCGAUAAAUACCCUCUCGCCCAUAUCAAAAUUUGUAGCGACUGGAGAUGUCUCGGGAGUUUCAGAUACUAAUAAUUCUUCAGUUAGCAGGUCAAGUGAUUCAUAUCAGGCAGAGAAAGCAAACACCAGUGACCAUGGUCAUCGUGAGAAGAAGAGACAAUUAUUUCCGCCUAAUGCGAGGAACUCGAUCUCAUAUAUGCCACAAUCAUUCAAUGAAAGACACAAUAGCAAUUCACCCUUUUUGAAUGCAAGCCUGUCCCAUGCCUCAAGUGUCUUAAUGGAUACUUCGGGGGAUAAUCAUAUUUCGACUGAUACGACUUCUAACAAUUCUAACAAAGACGAGCUCCCACAGCUCUUGAGGAGGCUUCUUGAAAUGUCGCAAACAGUUGAUUUAAAACUCACCAAAACUACCAUCGAAGAACUUUCAACAAAAUUAAAUGAAAUACAAUCAAAUGACUUAACUUAA